AUGUCAGAUCACAGUGAUUCAUACAUUUCCGACGAUGAUGAUGCAGUACUCUGUCCACUUUGUGUGGAGGAGAUGGAUAUAACCGACAGAUCAUUCAAACCUUGUCCGUGUGGUUAUCAAAUCUGUCAAUUCUGUUAUAAUAACAUUCGGACAAACCCGGAGUUGAAUGGUAGAUGUCCCGCUUGCAGACGACCAUACGAUGACAAAAACAUUCAGUAUACUCCAAUCGAUCCCGGGGAGCUGAAGGCUCAACAGAUGAAAGCAGAAAGGCGCAAGAGAGAGAAAAGACAACAGGAAAAGGAAAGAAAAGAUGCAGAGAUGGCCAAAAGACAUCAUCUUGCCGGUGUCAGGGUAAUUCAAAAGAACUUGGUUUAUGUUGUGGGACUCAAUCCAGUAUGUCCUGCGGAGGAACUUGCAUCGCUUUUACGUUCUGAGAAGUAUUUCGGGCAGUACGGACGGAUAUUGAAAAUUGUGAUCAACAAGCGGAAUCAAGGUCCGCAGAACCACAGAGUUUCACAAGGUCAAAAUCCAAGCUACGGCGUGUAUGUGACAUUUGCGAGGAAGGAUGAUGCUGCCAGAUGUAUCAUGUCCAUUGAUGGAUCCAUUAGUGAUGGCAGAAUUCUCAAAGCUGCCUACGGUACUACAAAAUACUGCUCUUCGUAUCUGCGCGGUGUUCCGUGCCCUAAUCCAAACUGUAUGUUUUUGCAUGAGCCUGGCGAGGAAGCAGACACCUUCUCAAGGCAGGAUCUGUCCACCAGAUCUGUUAAUAGCAGAAUGGAGGAAGGUGAGGAAAUGCGAGAGCGUGUUGCAUUUCAUGGAUUGGUCUCGCCUCUCUCCGAAUCCGGUCACAAUUCACCUCACCUAACUCAUGCUCAAGCCAGGCACCCGCAUGAACCUGCUUUACCGUCAACUGCAUCUUGGGGUAAGCCAUCGGCAGGCAGUAAUAGCAUAUCGGCACCUAAUAAACCGGAGCCAAAAGGAUUACCUUCUACUACCAUGGGUUCCUUCCCUACCUUGGGAGAUGCCCUGCAAAAAGCUCAAAAACAGCAGCAGGCACAAGUGCAGCUGCAGCAGCGUCUUGCUAAAAAGAAGGAUAAGCGUGAGAAAGAGGCACAGCAUGCAUUGGUUCUGAAUGACACUUUACUAAGCUAUCGUAUGAUUGGGGACUCAUUAAAGCAGUUGAACAACCAAGAUGAGUUCUCAUACACAAUCAAGCCUGCAUUCCGCAAAGCGGCAACCAAUGACUCCUCUAAUUUAAUGCUAUUUCACAAAAUCGAUCUUGACAGCUUGGAUGCUCGGGGAAUGACAUCCCUUGACGAUGCUUCUGAAAGGCAGCACAUUCGACAAUUAGUUGAAUCGUUGCUUUUUGCACCCUACAUGAAAAACUAUCCAUUUAGGGGCGUUACACACAAUGGUGGCUCUCCUGCUCAAAAUCAAACUAUGGCUCAACAGGCUGCUCAGAUCGCUGCUGCUCAAGCUGCUGCUGCCGGAACACCUUCUAAUUCCAACACACCGGUCAUGCCACAGAUUGCAUUGCAACAACAGCAACAACAACAACAACCUAAUUUACAGCAGCAGCAGAUUCUUCAACAGCAAUUUCUGCAACAGCAGUUUCUUCAGCAGCAGAGAAAGCAGGCGCAAGGUGCAAACACACCUCCUCCUCCUGGCUUAAUGGGAAAAGCUCAUAGUACUGAGUUGUUGAACCAAUUGAUGGCCGGUAAAAAAGUUCGCAGCUGA